UUGAACUACAAAAAUAUCCCUUGAUGAUAAAGAUGGCGUCGCAGCAGCAACAGCCCGGCGGAACGAUGUCUCAACCCGGAUUACAACAAGCUGCUUCAAUUCAGCAACAACAACAGCAACUUAGUCAACAGCAAGACUUUGAUCCUGUUCAUAAAUUUAAGAUGUUAAUUCCACAGCUGAAGGAGAGUCUGCAGAAUUUAAUGAAAAUCGCAGCCCUGAAUUUGGCCCAUAACACUUCAAUUGACAACGGCAUUAAGAGCAGCGACACCUCUGUUCAGCGUUUUGACAAGAGCUUGGAGGAGUUUUACGCUCUUUGUGAUCAAGUAGAGCUGUGUUUGCGCCUGGCGUACGAGUGCCUUUCGCAGAGUAUUGACAGUGCCAAACAUUCACCCAACCUGGUUCCGACAGCCACCAAGCCAGACACGGGGCAGACAGAAUCCAUGUCUUAUGCCCACUACCUCAGCAUGAUCAAAUCUCAGAUCUCUUGUGCUAAAGAUAUCCACAACGCUUUACUGGAAUGCGCCAAGAAGAUCGCAGGGAAGGGGCAGCCUCAGGGGCUCAUGUAGACCCAAUCCAUCCAACCUUUACAAUAUUUUUGCAUCUCAAAACAAGUCAGUACGACUUUAACUCAUUUUGAAGCUCUCUUUUGUAAAUUGUUUUGUAAUGUCCAGCAGGUGGCGACAGAGUUGCACGUGUAGUCUUUUGUAAAAUAUUUUAUUUAGUAGUAAAACCUUUCUACUGGUGCUGUGCUUUACUUCUUAUUCAGAAUGUGGCAAAACAGGUUUUUCUGGUAACUCGUGCCAAAACCACAACUUCCAUAAAGAAUUUGUCAAACCCUUUAGUUACCUGUGAGUCUGCUGAUAUUGUUUUAGUUUGUCAACAAAAUGAUGGCUUAGUAACGCCAGAAUUGUCAAAGAUUUUUUUUUUUCCUUUUUUAUGCUCCUAUUAGUUUCAAAGAAAGAAAGAAGGCCUGAUAACACCUGCACGUAAGAGGGAAGUAUGGCGGGCUGCAGCUGUGCAACAUCUCAGCCCAGUCUGAGCUACUGACAAGUACUUGGAUCCAAAAAUACCACCUGGGGUCACUGUGCAAAAGAGGUUCCCCUCUACCUCUUUAGUUUAUUUUCCAAAUAGAUAAAUUUCUUUUUGUGCAACUGUUAAAAUAAAUCUUAGAUUUGAACGGUUAAAGAAAACUUCACAAAGAUUCUUUCCUCUUUUAUUUAGACAUCACAUGCCGACAGACUGUACUUUUAACAUAUGCAAAAAUAGAUGAACAAAACGUAGAGGAAGCCACAUGCUGUCUAGCAUUUGUGUAGUGCAGCAGAGUUCAUGAGAUGGAAAAAAAGGGAAGUGCACGUGUGUUUAGUACAAAGAUUACAGCAGAGAAAACACAUUAAAAACAGAAACUAUAUUUUUAUAUGCAUCUGUGGAUUUCUUAAGUGUUUAAUUUAGUCAUUAAAAAGAGCUCUUAAAAUGAAUGACCUCUUCUCAGACUUUGUGAACCAAUAAGAGGCUUAAAUCUUUACAUAUAUAAUAUUGUGCUUUUUAAAUAGAAAAUUGCUGUAUUCUAUUACACAAAACAAAUUACAUUUUCACUUUGUCUUCAGCUUCAGAAAAUGCCACCAAGUAUAACUAGACUAUUGCCAUUAGUCUUUAUUCUUUCUUUUUCUUUCUUUCUUUCUUUUUUUUUGGUUAACAGACUCAAAAAAUAAACAUUCAUCACAUUUCAAACAAAUCAAAUCACACUUUACAAAUUGCUUGGGAAAAUUGGUUCUAGUGAUGUAAGCGGCUGGCUGACAUAGGUAACAAUCUAUUUAAAUGUAUAAGGUGGGAUGUAUGAUGCUCAAAGCCUAAUGAAUAGAAAGACGGGUGAUUUAUUGACUUGUCUUUUUUGAGCUUUCAGUUUUAUCUUUAUCUCGAGCUUCGAGCUUUUUCUGGUUCCUGCAAAAAAUAAAAUAAAAUAAAAUCACAACAAAUGAUCACAUUAUGAUACACAAGCUGAA